AUGGGCUUCUUCAUCCGUGAUCUUCAUCAAGAUCUCGUGAAACUACACGGUCAACAACAAUCAUCGCCUGAUCAUAAUACACUCACCUCAUCUUUUGUUUAUCGUGGCCAGGGAUUAUCUGAAGAAAACUUUAGUAAGCUGAAAAAUUCUGUAGGAGGGCUAAUGUCCUUCAAUAAUUUCCUUUCUACAAGUCAACAGCAACAAGUGGCAUUAGAAUUUAUUCAGCAGGUUCGUGCCAAAGCUGAUAAAAUACCUGUGUUUUUCGUCAUGACGAUCAAUCCGGCAAUAACGGGGCCUACGACAACACCAUUCGCCUUGAUCGAUCAAGUCAGCUGCUUUGAAGCCGAACGAGAAAUACUCUUCUCUAUGAACAGUGUCUUUCGUAUCGAUGAGAUCAAAGAAAUGGAUGGCACUAAUCAAGGUCUAUGGCAAGUGAAACUUGCGCUCUCUAACAGUGAUAGCGACCCAUCAUUUGCUGCACUCAUUAAUUGUUUGCGAGCAGAGAAUACUGGAUCGACUGGAUGGACUCGUCUUGGGCAAGUGUUGAUCAAACUCGGCAAAUACGACAAAGCAGAAGAACUCUAUCGAACGCUGAUCGAAAACACCACCGAUGAGAAAUGGAAUGCUCAUUAUUAUUAUAUGCUCGGAUUAGUCCUAUAUUCUCAAAGCGAGUAUCAAAAAGCAAUUUCAUUCUACGUAAAGGCUGUGGAGAUCUUUCAAAAAAGUGAUCCCCCAAGAUAUUACGAUUUAGCUACUGCUUAUAACAAUAUCGGUUUGGUGUAUUGCAGCGCAGGUGAUUAUCAAAAAGCACUAGCAUUUUAUGAAAAAGCUUUAGAGAUAAAACAACAAAUCUUUUCAUCAAAUGAUCCACGUUUAACUUCUACAUACAACAAUAUCGGCUUGGUGUAUUCCAAUCUUGCCAAUUAUAUGCAAGCUCUGGUGUUUUAUGAAAAAUCGGUCGAAAUCCAGAAAAUAUCACUCCCUGCUUAUCAUCCUGACUUAGCCAAGUCCUACAACUGUAUAGCCGUGGCAUACUUAAAGCUAGGGCAAUUUACUAAAUCACUCGAAUAUUAUGACAAAAUAGUUGAUAUACAGAAAAAAUCCCUUCCACCCAAUCAUCCGGAUACCGCUUCAUCAUAUAACAACAUGGGCGAGGUGUACAAGCACAUGGGAGAUUACGUGAAAGCUUUAUCAUAUUAUGAGCAAGCACUAGAGAUGAGACAAAAAUCUCUUUCUCCUAAUGAUCCGAAUUUUGCUUUUUCUUAUAACAGCAUCGCAGAAGUAUACUUAGCCAUGGGCGAUCAUUCAAAAUCACUUUCGUUUUUUGAGAAAACAAUGGAAAUCAAGAAGAAAUGUUUGCCAUCCAAUCAUCCAGAUAUCGCUGCUGGGUACAUCAAUAUGGGCAAUGUUUAUUGUUGUAAGAGUGAAUAUUCGACAGCCAUUUCAUGUUUUGAAAAAGCAAUCGAAAUUCAAGAAGAGAUGCUUACAUCCGAUCAUUAUAAUUUGGUAUCUUGCUACUACAACAUUGGUGUACUCUAUCAUAACAUGGGCAAUUAUCCAGCGGCACUGUCAUCUCUUAAAUAUUGUUUCGAAAUUCAGAAUAUGCCAUUGGAUACUGACAAUCCAAUGUAUGCCUACCCGUACCACGCCUUAGGAAAAGUAUAUCAAAGUAUGAACGAUUAUACAACAGCAUUGGAUUGUUAUCAAAAAACACUUGACAUUCGUGAACGUACACUUCCUUCUUAA